AUGAUCAUACCCACAAGUUCAUUUCAACCUUUACCUGAAAACAAGCAAUCAGAUGACGAUACGACGAUCACUCUACCUAUCUGUCUACUCACAUCAGCUAACCUCAAGGAGAUUUGUAAGAGAUUAAGAUUAGAUCAAACUGGUUCAAGGGUAGCUUGUCUCGAUCGAAUCAAAACCAAGUUGAGCGAAUCAAAUGCGAUUGGUGAAUGUCUUUCUGCUUAUCGUUCAGAUACUAGCGUGAUACGUACGGAUAACAGGAAGCAUGAAGUUGUUAAGACUCCACGAGUCGUACCAUCAGACAAAAACUCCCGAGUUCCGCCCAAAAAACGCCCGCGUCAGUCUACCGGCACAAAUAUCACAUACGAAAUACAUCCUGUGAUCAAACCACUUCCUUCCACCCGUCAAUUCGUGAUCACUUGCGAAGACUUAGACAAACUCGUUGGGUACACACCUGAUAAAGACUCAAAUCUGAUCACAGUCUUUGACCUGCAUCAAAUCCGCGAAGCUUUUUCUAUCAGACCAUCAUUCAAUGAUCAUACACAGUUAGGAACUCCAGUAAAACUUCCAGGUUCUAAUCAACUAGAAUAUCAAAACCAUUUAAAACAAGUAGAUAUUAGAAGUGUGCAAGUUUGUGAUCCUCAAUCUUUACUCAAAACCCGAUCAGGCCCCUACAAAUUUCGAUCUCAUGCAAUCCGUUUACGAUCAGCUUCUCAUCGUCAUCGUCGAAUGAAAUCUUUACCAGCCAGAAUCGAAGAAAACGAGAUACUAUCAACGGCUUGGUGGUACAUAUUAUCAGCUUCAGAAAGUUUAAGUAAAGAUAAAUUAGAAUUCCUUCAAGUUUUAACAAUAUCUAUUGAUUUGAAUGGUGAACCUAGGAAUGAAAAUCCAAUCUCUUAUUUUCUCUGUGAUCCUGCUCAAAUCAAUGAUCAAGAAACUAUUGAAAUGUUAGAUACAGUAAUGAGUGAUUUGUUUUAG